AUGAAGUCCCAUCCAGACACCGUGAGCAUGCUGCUGCCUCUCGCCCUCAGCCUCGGUUUGUUCCCGGUGUGUUUCGCAGCGGUAAUCCCCGUUUCCUGCGGCUCCAUCUACAAGAGCUUCGCUCAGUGUCUGCUCACACUCGGGGACAGUUUGGUGGACACGCAGAAAGACCAGAACACGCAGGACAUCGACUCAAUCUGCAGGUCGUGGAAUGCUUUCCAUGUCUGCGCCAGCUCGGCGAUGGCUGGAUGUCCCGGGGAAGCGGCGGCCGUGUGGGAGUCUCUGAGACAAGAAUCCAGGAAGACCCAAUUUUCGGGGAACCUCUACGAUGUGUGCGCCAGCCGCACCACCCUCCCACCCAGCACCGCGCCGGCACCGUCGAGCCCCCUAUCGUCCGACCAGAGCAACCAGGAGACACUGAAGGGCUGCACGCCCGACCACGGCCCUGACCUCGCCGCACUCCUCCUCCCUCUGUGCUGCUCGCUGCUGCUCCUGCCCAGGAUAUAG